CGGAAAUUGACGUAUCGACAUCGAUUGUCUUUUUUCUUUCGGGUUUUCGUCAUUUCCACAGGUUCAUAACUCGAUCAUCGACAAAACAAACGAAUCAAAGGCGUUGAGAAACAGAAAAAAGACAAAAGAAUGAACAGGGGUGGUUGCGAUCAAGGCACGCUGCGAUUUGAGAUAUUAAUCGAGAGAUAGUGAAUUGUUUUGGGGUAAAAAGCAAUUUUUUUCGUGUAAAAAAAUAAGGGUAAUCAUGUUUACCGGGUCAAGGGAAGGUAUUUUAGCUUUGGAACUGGAAAGAAAUAUUAGAUCGAUAGCUGGAAAAGUCCAAACAUCAAAUCCGUCUGCAAACAAGAGCACACCACUUCAAAAUCCCAACCAAGGAAUAGCCACACUAAUUGUGAUGAUAGCAGUACUGACAAUCAUUAUUUUGUUCUGUUGUUUCUCCGCACCUGGCAUCAGAAGUCUCUGUAAAAGAUAUAUCUUCAGAUCGUGUCCUUAUGAUGAUCCUAGUAGUGAUAAUGCUAGCACAUCGGCCAGAGACACAUCCACUCCCACAGUGAUCCUCCUCCCACACGGCAGAAUGCUCGUAGUCGACAGAAACGUUUUCAACCACCUCCAAGUGGACCAUUCAGGCUUGGACCUUCUGGAACUGAGCGCCAACAUCAUCAGGCAUCACCAGCAAGUAACCGGAAGCACUCCCAGCAUUCUGGGCAGUGAUACCACCUCCAAGGGACUGUCACCAACGUCCCUAGACCAUGGACCUCCACUCUACGAGGAUAUUUUCGGUGAUUUACCUCCUUCGUACAGCGAGGUGAGUCUGGCGAUGAAAAACCAGAAGAACGAGGGGUGUGUAGUGGUGGAAAUGGGGGUGAUUAGUGAACAGGGUGGUGGUGAUAGGGGAAGGGAGGGUGAUAUGGACGGGGAGGAAGGGGAGAAUAGAGUUUAGUAUGACUGUGAUCUUGAUUCGGACAGGUUUUAUAUAAAAAAAAAACAUUUUUUGACAUUUUUCCUUUUUUUUUCUAGGAAAUUGUAUGUUUUAACGUGAAUAUACACUUUUUUACCACUCUAAAUGCAAGUUUUAUUAACCAUUGAGUAUAAAUCAACGGUUAAGAAAAAAAAUUAUAAAAAUAUUACAAACUGCUUUUAAAAAUGUUAUUAAAAUUUGAUUCAAAAGUCUAAAAAGAAGUUUUUUGUUUUAAAUACAAGUAUUAGUUUAUACAAAAUGUGUAUUAAAUAAAUUCAAGUAUGUAUUUUCAAUAGUUGUAGAUCUGGGCAAAAGAAUACUUUUUUCUAUUUACUGUUUCUAAAAUACAGAGUGGUCCGAACUGUAUUCCGGAGCAUAUUCUGCAGAUAAAAAUAAGUAAAAAAGUUCAUAUAAAUAUAUGUCCUAAAAUGCUUAGUUUCGGAGAUACAGGGUGUAGAAUUUUCAUUUUUAUUUCGAUUUUUUCCAAAUAAUUUCCAAGCAAUGUCAAUAUUUGGAUAAAAAUUGGUGUCUGGAAGUUUUUUGACAUGAGAAAUUUGAUUUUGAUGUCAAUAUGACUCCGUGUUUCUCAACUUAUUCGACGUGCUGUGUUGCCACAUGGACAAGCUUUGAUACACAGCCAAGGAAUUUUUGUACGAUGAACCUGUGACACUAAAAAGUUUUUUUAAAUACCCAAAAAGUGUCAAUAUAAAUGUUGAUCAAAAAUUAUUUGGUCUGAAGAAUUAAGCCUUUUAGUGCAAGCUCAAGGAAAUAUUCUGAGAAAAUUUCACAUGAACAUGCAGCUUUAAAAUGUUUCAAAAAUCUACAAAAACAUUUAAAGAAAAACACACAAAAUUUUUAGCAUUUAUUUUACCUGAAAAAAUACAUAAGCGUGCUUCUAGGGUCGAAAUAUUAUUAUUACCAGUUAAAACAUUUUUGGACUUAUUUAAUAAACAUCUAGUAUACCUAAAUGGCAUUUUAUUGAUAUUAUAACUAGAAAUUGUUUACUUGUAGUGUUAAUAUUUUUUAAAAUAUGCCUUUAGAUUGAUAAAUAAUGUAUUUUGGUUUAAAAUGUAUAAUUUUCUGUUGUAACUCCUAUAAAGGUUCCAACCUACAGUGAAUAUGUUUAUUAUCUAGUCUAUAAUGAUGUUGAAAUAUUGUUGUUGUUGUUGUUUUUUGUAUGUUUUCAAGAAUAAUAAAAUUUAGUAUUCGAUUGUU